AUGGCGCUCGCUGGCGCUCGCAAGCGCCGCUUCGCCUGGGAUGACGAGCUCGACGGCGACGAUGGCGACGAUGGCGGUGGCGAUGCCAGCUCCAGUGGUGAUGAGGAGGAUGAGAUUCCUGACGGAUGGGAGUCGCAGAAGACCCUGGAGAUUCACACGCAGGUAUGCCCUAGCGCUGAGUACUUCGAACUCAGAGAGCAGUCCGAGGUAGAGGUGCCCAGUGCCGCUCCGCUGCGGGGCCGCGCUGUGGUGCUGCGCCGCCGGCAGCGGCUGCGCGCGCAGCCGGCGGCGGAGAAGGCGCCGGAGGCGGCGCGGCAGCUACGGGGACGCGGCUUCGUCGUGUGGGAUGAUUUCCUGGGCCACCCAGUUGCCAGCGAGCUGCUGGAGGGCUUCGAGACCUUGCAGUGGAGCCCCGGACGCCUGGGAAGUGCGGAAAGCAGAUCCCUCCGCGGCGACCGUAUUGCAUGGCCCGACGUGGACGGCACGGGACGCUUCGGUGAUGCGCUGCGAAGCUGGAUCAAGGCUUUAGAUGAGUUGGUACUUCAGUUGCAGCCGUUGCUCAAUGAUGCCACCGAGCUAGCCAGGGUUUCACACCGGGAGCCACCCAUGGCGUCGGUGUACCCACAACAUGCCCGGUAUAUCAGACACUACGACAACAACUGUGAAGAGGGCCUGGGAGACUGCAAUGGACGUCGGCUGACCGCAGUGUAUUACCUGAAUAAGGGCAUCACUGACAGCGAUGGUGGGCACUUGCGCAUCUUGGGUCAACGGGGUGGUGUUUAUGACAUCCUCCCCUCCUUCGACACGCUGAGCCUCUUCUGGUCGGAUCGACGCUCGCCCCAUGAAGUGAUGCCCAACCGCAGCCAGACGCCGCGACGGGCCUUGAGUUGUUGGUAUGUGGAUCUGACUGAAGCUUCAAACGAGCGGCAAAGCAGCCUGGCGCAAUCGCCUUUGGUGGCCGAGCGUUCCAAAGUUCAUCAUCGGCUAAACGAAUGCAUUCAACUGAAGACACAGUUGGAAGGCAAAGUUCAAGGUCUUUAUGCUCGGGAAAGGGCAAAGGAAGAACAGCGACGGAUGGAAGAGGAACUCAGACGUCAAGCAGAGGAGGAAGAGGAGGAACGUCGCCAAAAGCUGCGCGAUGAGCGGCGGAGACUCAAGGAAGAGCGGCUGCAAAAGGACCGAAAGCAGGAGGAGGUCCAGGUGGCAGCUGUACCUCACAUCUCAGGGAUUCCUGAGCUGCCGAAGGAGCCUCCGGGUUCAGCGGAGAUGCGACUGUUGGAGCAGACUCUGUUGUACUGCAAAAAGCUCUUGCCUAAGAAUCAUGACGAAGUACAGGAGAAGAAGCCAGUUGAGUACAACAAUCCAGAGGGUUCCUUGAUUAUCAUUCCCAAGGAGGAUCGCUCCGAGGAAUAUCUCUUCGCCCCUCCAAAGCCACGGCGACACGAGGGAAAGAUCCGCAAGAGGCCUCCCACCAGCAAAUUGAAGAAGUCGAAAGAAGCGCAGCAG